AUGGAGCGGGCGUUGCGAGUAUGCACAACCUGCAAAACCCGCAAGAAAAGCUGUGACAAAGCUCUUCCUCGCUGCGGGUAUUGUACGCAGCGGGGAUUGCUGUGUCUCUAUGAAAACGUAUCCGGAAGCACACCCCCCACUGGGAAAUCACCUUGGGUGAUCGGAGCAGCUACAAUUUUCUCCCUUUCAUCGAACACUUUCUUACAUUCCUCGCCAUCUGACCCACCACUGGCGCUUGACUGUGCGCUCCAUCUCCAGGUCUUGCACGUCUAUCACCUCACCGAGCAAUCCUUCUCAACGGUCAGUGACCAGUAUUUUCAAAACUUUCACCUCUGGCUUCCGGUUAUUUCGCCAAAAUUACUCAAUGAAAUCAACUCAACACUUCAGGACAGCUACCCUCCGGUGGACUUUUCGCUGUUGGUGCUGGCCAUGUAUUUGGUCACAUUACAACCUGCUGAUGACAACGCACACCAAAUAGUGUCCCCACAGGAUCUAUAUCUAGAGUUGAAAAUGCUCAUGGCCCGGGUGCAAGCUACGGUCCAUGCCUCAACGCGUCUUAUUCAAACAGGGCUUCUGCUGGCAUCGUUUGAAUACGCGUGUGGCAAGCCUCACGUGGCAUACGUUUCAAUCGGAACAUGCGCCGGAAUGGCUUCAAUCCUUGGUAUUCAUUAUGGAAAGAGCAAAAAAGAGGCAUUUACCAAUAAGCCCGACUUGGACCUUAAGAUGCUUGAAGGUCGAAAUAUCUGUUGGGGCAUGAUGGUUUUAGAAAGGUACGUUUACUCCACCCUUUCCAGCAUUCUUGGAUGA